AGAUCCCAUUUCAUGCUGAAGGCCGACAUCCUCGUUCCUUAAUGGGCAAGAAUUUCCGCUCCUACUUGCUAGAUCUGCGAAACACUAGUACUCCUUUCAAGGGUGUUCGCAAGGCUCUCAUUGAUACCCUGCUGGAUGGCUAUGAGACAGCCCGCUAUGGGACAGGGGUCUUUGGCCAGAGUGAGUACCUACGCUACCAGGAGGCCCUGAGUGAGCUGGCCACUGUGGUCAAAGCACGAAUUGGGAGCUCUCAGCGACAGCAUCAGUCAGCAGCCAAAGACCUAACUCAGUCUCCUGAAGUCUCCCCUACAACCAUCCAAGUAACAUAUCUACCCUCCAGUCAGAAGAGCAAGCGUGCCAAGCACUUCCUGGAAUUAAAGAGCUUUAAGGACAACUAUAACACACUGGAAAGUACUCUGUGAUGGAGCAGAAGACUCGCACUGCAGAUUGAGCCAGACAGUUGCCAUUUGCAAGACAGGCUGCUUGCAGGGUGCGUUUGAGCCACCUGGCUCAGCAGCCAAAGCCCCUGUUCCUGAAGGGUCAUUUCCGACCCUUUUCUAGUAGGCAUUUUCAGAACAUUAGUUCAGACUUUAUUUUCCCACAGUAGCACUUUUUUCUGGAUUUGAAUUCAUAUGUCAUUCUUAAUGGGUUUUUGUCAGACCUUCCUUAAAAUGUUUCAUUUACUUUUGGCUAGAGUUCACCCACCUUUUUCCAGGCUGUUUAAUCUCAAAGGUGAGAGUUGAGAUGAGAUAUCUUCCCUGUCUUCCCCGUUGUACUCUGUUGACUGGGAACUAUUUUGGGUUUGGGGUGUUUUAGAGUUAUUGCUUGGUGGUGAAAGCAGAUAGGAGGCCAGGUGUGGUGACUAAGUCCUGUAAUCCCAGCAAUCAGGAGUCUAUGGCAGGAGAAUUUUGAGUUCACGGGCACCCUUAGCUACCUUGCAAACUCAAGGCCAGUUUGAGCUACAGACAAAAACAUACAGCAACUUCAAAACAAAACAAACCGGUGGGGAGAGGUGGUAAGGAAGUAGGUGGUUUGUGGAACAACUUACCCUGGUAUUCCACUGUAAAGUGGGAUAUGUUGGGACAUUAACACAAUUUUCCUGAUGAGCAAGGGUCUUCCCUCCUGUUUUAAUUCAAUUUCCUUAUGAAUGAGAAUGUUCUGAUACCUGGAAUAGACCAAGCAUGGUGAUGCAUGCCUGUAAUCCCAGCACUCGGGAGGCUGAGAAGGAAAGAUCACGGCAAGUUGAAGGCCAGGCUCAAUUCCAUAAUGAGAGCCUGUCUCAAAAAAUAAUAAUAAUAGCUGGCAUAAUCUAUGCCAUGGUAGGAGUCAGUGUGAAGGCAUGGUUUCCCCUAAUUAGCCAAUGGACUGGUUUGACUUUAUAAAUUAGUUAUUUAAUAAAAAAAUGAACUGUCGAACAAUAAAGUAUAUGAUUCAUUGA